AUGGCGGAGGAGUAUCUUACCUUUAACAACGGCGUCAAAUUUCCGUUAUUCGGAUACGGUACUUGGCUGGUGAGUAUGCUAUAUAUUGAUAACGUAGAGAAUAUAUGUACAUAUAUGUACGCCUAACUAUUUUUUGAACUCAGUCCAACGAUGAAGAACAGCUCAGAAAAUCGCUGAGAGUUGCAUUGGAUUCUGGAUAUCGUCAUAUUGAUACAGCUUAUUUCUACAAUAACGAGCACGUUAUCGGAGAGAUCUUGGCGGAAUAUUUCGACGCUGGUAAACUGAACAGAUCUGAUAUUUUUGUCACCACAAAAUUGCCAUGGUUUAUGAAUCGCCCGGAAUAUGCGGAGAUUGCCAUUAAAAAAUCGUUGAAAGAUUUGAGGCUGGAUUAUGUUGAUCUCUACUUGGUUCAUUUCCCUGCGGCUUUGAAGGUAUGUUUUUUUUUGCAAUUUUCAAACAUUGAAUACAUUAGUAUGAUAAAUAUUACAUUUGCAGCCAAACAAAGACUACACUGGCCCUGAGCGCGAUGAGUCCGGGAAAUGUGUCAUCGAUUCCGUCGAUGUCUACGAUACUUGGAAAGUCCUUGAGAAGUAUUAUAAACAAGGGCUCUUUAAGGCCAUUGGAGUAUCCAACUUUAGCGCCAAACAGUUACAGUACCUAUACGAUAAGGCCGAGAUCAAACCAGUCAACAAUCAAAUCGAAAUCCAUAUUCUUUUUCCCCAAUUUGAAUUAGUCGAGUUCUGUAAAAAGCUUGGGGUUACUGUAACUUCUUUCUCCACUCUAGGCAAUCCCGGUCGGAAAACCGUUCCUCAACCUUAUGUUGAAGGAGAUUGCCUGGCCCAUCCAGUGACCGUCGAAUUGGCCAAGAAAUAUAAAAAAACUCCAGCUCAGAUCCUGUUACGUCAUACAAUCCAACGAGGGAUCGCUGUUAUCCCAAAAAGUCUGACGGAAUCAAGGAUAAAAGAAAACAUUGACAUUAACUUCACAUUGGCUGAUGAGGAUCAACAAAAACUGCUGAAUAUUGGAGAGAAUACCAGACUUCAUCUCUUCGCAUUGUAAGUUACGACUGCUUACACAAUAAUGCAUUCUUUUAGCUGCGCACACCAUCCGGAUCAUCCCUUCAAAGAUGGCAAUUGA